AUGGAGCUCGUCAAUCGUCUGAGCCCUAACAGGUGGGGUGCUGUCGUCGAUGCAUAUCUCGUUGUCCUUCUUCUCCGUCUGAAUCUUAGGCAGCCCGUGCCUCCCCGUCCCAACCACCCGCCCAUUGCCUCAGUGAAGGUGAUGAGAAAAUUAAAGGGAUCAAUGGCUACUGCUACUGCUGGGGGAGGCUUAUAUUUAUAUUAUAGGGCAUCCACUCCACUCCAGUGGGGGCGAGAGGUUGUAGAGGUCAUGAGUGAAUUUGAGGGAGCUGUCGCUGAUGCCAAUGGUGGGGCUGACGAGCUCGUGGGUUCGGCUCACGAUCCGCGGCCUUUCCGACGGCUCUCCCCUCACCACUUUGAGUCCGCUCUCUCCCGUCACCGAUGCCAAUCCGAUGACCUCCACCACCGUGGGUACCUGCUCCGGCGCGGUUCGCGGCUCUCGCCCCUGUGUGGUCGUCUCUCUCGGCGCAGAUGUCGCCCUUUCCGGGUUGCUGCGGCGGUUAUUGAGGAGACCCCCCCGGUGGAGAGGGCGGGAUUGCGGGCAUCGCUUGUCUCAUCGCGACAGACUGUAGUUUGGCCGGCGCUGGCGCUUCCCUCUGUUGUCUUCUCCGAUUCCUGGGUUGGAAUGGUGAAAGCUCUCCGCUGGAUUGUGGGAGGGAGAUGGUUUUGGUAUGGGCUUCCGGGGUGGUUCUGA